AUGGCUCCAGACCAUGACAAGAAGCCCAACACAAUCGAAUUCAACGAACACGUAACGGAGACAACGACCGCCGCAGACACUUCCGCGUUAGGUCACCUCGCCAAUCAAGAAGACCAUGAAGUUGGUAAACUUGCGUCCUUCCGCAAGUAUCCUUGGGCUUGCGCUUGGUCUAUCUACAUGGUUUGGAUAGUCCUGCUGGUCAGUUUCGAGAAUCAAGCAGCUGGCAAUGUCAUAGGUAUCCCGGAGUUCAGGAAGGAUUUCGGACAUCAGUUUACUGCAGAUGACGGCACUGUAAGUUAUGUUGUUGAUGCUCAGUGGCAGUCAGCCUUUCAGGGUGCGCCCGUAGCUUCUGCUAUCGUGGGUGCCCUUGGAUGUGGGCAACUUGCUGACUGGCUUGGCCGCCGCUUAGUGGUCAUGAUUUGUCUCGCUGUCACUUUCGCCGCUGUCACCAUGGAGUUUGUUGCGACAACAAACGAGCUCUUCUUCGGUGGCAAGUUUUUGAAUGGCUUCGUGGUCGGUGCCCUGGCAUCGGUUACUGUAACAUACAUCGGCGAAGUCGCUCCUUUGAAACUCAGAGGCAUGCUGACCUGCUUGACUGCUCUAUCUUACACCCUCGGGCCACUUACAGUUGCGCUCAUCGUCAACUCCACCGGAGUGUACACCAGCCGUUGGGCAUACCGUGCUGUCUUUUGCGCACAGUAUGGGUUUGCUGCCAUAGCUACUGCUUUUGUCUGGUUCAUGCCUGAGUCUCCAUGGUGGCUUGCAUCUAAAGAUCGACAAGCAGACGCACUGGAGGCUCUGAACAGUCUUGGUCAUCGCGGAUUUGCAGGGGAACAAAAGCUCGCUCAGAUUAUGACAACUCUACAAGAGGUUAAGCGCGAGACUGAAGGCGUCACAUACCUGGAGUGUUUUCGCAAAUCCAACCUCCGGCGAACGAUUAUUUCAAUCAUGCCGCUCACCAUACAAUCUCUCAGUGGCAUCACUUUCGCUGCUUCGUACUCAACAUACUACAUGCAACUUGCCGGAUUUACAACAGCCAUGUCAUUCAAAUUGCAGAUCGUCCAACAAGUUAUCUCGCUUAUCGGAAACGUCAUAUCUUGGUACCUGGUCGAUCGAGUAGGUCGUCGCAACCUUACUUUCUGGGGUCUCUUUGUUCUCACAAUCAUCUUGUUCGUCAUGGCCGGCCUCGCCGUUGUCGGUACCGUCCCUGCAUUGAAGGGUGCUAUCAGUAUGAUCCUCAUCUACUGCUUCUGGUAUAACGUUACGAUUGGAGCCACUGCCUACACCAUUCUCUGCGAGACAUCAACUUCCCGUCUCCGCGUCAAAACCAUCGCCAUCGGGCUCGCCCUACAGAAUGCUCUCAACACUAUGUGGAGUUUCGUGCUACCCUAUUUGUUCAAUCCUGAUCAACUCAAUCUUGGUGGGAAGCUAGGCUUUAUCUUUGGUGCUUUGUCCAUUGUUUGUUUAGUGUAUCUUUGGUUCUACCAGCCCGAGACAGCUGGCCGGACAUACGAAGAGUUGGAUGAGAUGUUUGCUAAUAAAGUCAAAGCAAGAAGCUUCGCAACGCACAAAACGGAUGCACAGGCCAUGGGUGAGGCGGUCAAGGAGAAGGAGAAUAUGUAG